AUGGGCAACGUAUUAUCCUCCUGCUGCAAGGGGCGACAGAAGGAUGGGCUGUAUGAGCCUGCGCUGGCAGACAGUGAGCGUGAAGCUGUCGCUGAACUGCUAGCCUACCUCGAGAAUCGAGCUGAAACAGACUUCUUCUCUGGCGAACCUCUUCGAGCCUUGAGCACGCUUGUCUAUUCGGACAAUGUCGAUUUACAAAGAAGUGCUAGCCUGACAUUUGCUGAGAUCACCGAACGAGAUGUCCGAGAAGUCGAUAGAGAUACUCUAGAACCUAUCCUAUUCCUCCUCCAAAAUUCAGACAUCGAAGUACAAAGGGCCGCGAGUGCAGCCCUAGGCAAUCUUGCUGUUAACACUGAAAAUAAAGUCAACAUCGUCAGGCUCGGUGGUCUGCCCCCACUGAUAAGACAAAUGAUGUCGCCCAACGUCGAAGUCCAGUGCAACGCUGUUGGGUGCAUAACUAACCUGGCAACACAUGAAGACAACAAAGCAAGGAUAGCAAGAUCUGGAGCACUUGGGCCACUGACGAGGUUGGCAAAAUCGAAAGAUAUGAGGGUACAGCGAAAUGCCACAGGUGCUCUGCUGAACAUGACACAUUCAGACGACAAUAGACAGCAACUCGUUAACGCCGGCGCUAUUCCCGUGCUGGUUCAGCUACUUUCAUCCCCAGACAUGGAUGUGCAGUACUAUUGCACAACCGCACUCAGCAACAUUGCGGUUGAUGCGUCUAAUCGCAAAAAGCUUGCCCAGACGGAAUCAAAACUAGUGCAAUCACUCGUUCAGUUGAUGGACAGUGGUACGCCGAAGGUCCAAUGCCAAGCUGCUUUGGCUCUACGAAAUCUUGCUUCCGACGAAAAAUACCAGCUUGAGAUCGUCCGUGCUCGAGGCUUGCCACCACUACUGAGACUUUUACAAUCUUCGUACCUUCCACUGAUUCUGUCUGCAGUCGCUUGUAUACGAAACAUCUCAAUUCAUCCGCUCAACGAAUCGCCAAUUAUCGAUGCAGGCUUUCUUAAGCCAUUAGUCGACCUGCUUGGAUCAACAGACAAUGAAGAGAUCCAGUGUCAUGCCAUCUCGACGCUCAGAAAUCUGGCUGCAAGCUCUGAUCGAAAUAAACAACUUGUGCUUGAAGCAGGUGCCGUACAAAAAUGCAAAGAACUUGUUCUCGAAGUUCCACUCAGUGUUCAGUCAGAAAUGACAGCAGCAAUAGCAGUGCUCGCCUUGAGUGAUGAGCUAAAGAGCCAGCUGCUGCAAUUGGGUGUCUUCGAGGUUCUGAUACCCCUGACAGAUUCUGAAAGUAUCGAAGUGCAAGGAAAUAGCGCUGCAGCUCUAGGAAACCUUUCAUCCAAAGUAGGCGAUUAUUCAAUCUUCGUACGAGACUGGACCGAGCCAAACGGAGGCAUACAUGGCUAUCUCAAACGGUUCCUUGCGAGCGGAGAUCCUACAUUCCAACACAUCGCCAUUUGGACGCUGUUACAGUUAUUGGAGUCAGAAGACAAGAAGCUAGUUAAUCUAGUGGCCAAGUCUGAGGACAUUAUACAGAUGGUAAAGACUAUUGCGGAAAAACACGUCGAAUCAGAUGACGAAGAUAAUGAAGAGGGCGAGGGGGAAGUUAUUGCCUUGGCCCAGAAAUCUCUCGAAUUGCUCGGCAAGGGACCUAAUAAAACGGUGGAAGGUUGA